AUGUGGCUGCUGGUGGUCAUCGUAGCAACGCUAGCUCGUUGUGAUGACCCGCAACUGUUCUCGCCUCCUCCAUCGGCUCCAUCAACGCAGCUCAAGACUCGUGGAGGAAUGAACGCUGUCGAUCUUUGUCAGCUACCAAUGGAUCCCGGUAGUUGCUCAAGGGAGUUGAUAAGAUAUUACUACGAUCCGAUUGAUGACGAUUGCAAGCGAUUCACAUAUUCUGGUUGCGGUGGAAAUACUAAUCGAUUUAUGAGGCGUUCAAACUGUCGCAAUCGAUGCGUCAAGAAUAUUGAGAAGAAAGUCGAUAAGGAAGCUCUCCCGACCACCAAGAAACCUGGAAUAAUAGAUCGAAUCAGCAGCGAAGUAAAACAACGAAAGAUUACCACCACCACUACUCCAAAAACAACCACAACUACCACAAAACCAAAAAAAGUCCAGACACCAUCAGUGACGAGAGUUGCUGUAACGAAGGCUAGUCCAAACAUUCGUGAUUGUCCACACUGCGAUCCACUGUUUGGUGUUUGCGAAGAGGGCGGCGGGUGUGGGUGUAUCGCUGGAUUCCGCAAGUUAGGAAAGAUUUGUAUCGAUGUGAACGAAUGCGAAACGCCAAAUGCGUGUCCAGCAAACUCGCGAUGCGUGAACACCAUGGGUUCCUUUCGAUGCGAUUGCGACGUGGGUUUCAGUGCCGACGGACAAUGCCCAGUGAAGAAAGAGUCUUGUAACGAUACUUUCGAUGUCAGAUACACUGAAGAGGACUGCAAUCAUGGUGAACAAGUGUUACGGUAUUACUACGACCAUGAAACAUGCGUUUGCCGACAGUUCUUCUAUGGAGGAUGCGUGGGAGUGUCAAGGAACAUAUUUGCUGACGCACUGACAUGCGAAACGCUUUGUGCUAGCGGUCGAAAAGCUGUUAAACUUGACUUCCUGCUACAUGAAGAUGAUGACUUGCCAGCUACUCCGAGUGCUCCAAAACGAGUAUUCGCUAUGGACAUUGGUGGUCCGGAUCCGCUUCACCUAUAUCGCAACGAAACAAAAACCACCCAGGAGACGUUUAGCGAUAAAUUGCGCCCAUCUAGGCGACAAGAAAUAUGUGAGAUGCCAUUUGAUGCAGUUCUUCGUUUAGAAUGCAUAGAUGCUUCGUGGGUGGAACGUUUUUACUGGAACGUCGAAAGAACGGAAUGUGAACCGUUCUGGUACGAUGGAUCAUGCGAUCCGAAGGAUGUCGUAGGGAAGAAUUUCUUUGAGUCGCUGGAAUCUUGUCGGAAUGCAUGCCACGAGGAUGUCAUCACCACCUUGCAACCUUCUGCGCCUCCAAGAGAAAAAUCGGAUGCCACUGGCUUUGUUACAACUCCGAGGAAAUCUUUAAAAAAGCCCGAUGACCUGACAGCUGGAAUCUCACCUCCAAGAAAAGUUUUUUCACCCGAAGAUCCAUUUGGACUAUUAGCGGAGCAGCGUAUUGCAGCUACACCACGUCCAACCACAAAAAUUCGGCCCCCAUCUCAUCGGCAAGAAGUGAGCAAUUUCGCUGCGAAAACAAAAGCUGAACCUUUUGAUCGUAAGAAGUACAUGGAGGAAUUUAAGAAGAAGCUCACUGCUUCGAAGCAAGCAAGCAAGCAAACGUCCCCGUCUCGAGAUGAGGUGAAGGACGUGAGAACUCACACCACACCUGAUGAACCAACUACCCCACAACCACAGAUGCAAGUGUCCAGAAAACCCCAACUGCUUGCUUUAGAUAUCAGUGGUAGAUUCCCGGAAAAAUUCGAUAGGAAACAAUUUAUGGAGGAAUUCAAGAAACAGCUUACCGCCCUACCAAGCGGUUAUGUAGCAAAAUCGAGGAUAAGCACAGUGAAAGGAAACAAAUCGGAGUCUGUGGAAUCUAGCAAACGUCCACCAGCGCAGCCCCCUUUCGCCAAGGGAAUGGAGGCCUCCGGAGAACCGGGUUCAACUAAUUUAACCACUACAACACUGCCACCAUCUAUCACUAGCCGUAAAAUAGGAUCCGAGAAAUUCGAUAGGCAAAAAUUCGUUGAGGAGUUCAAAAAAAGGCUUACGGCUUUGCCCAACGGGGAAAGAUCAAUAAUUGAUUUCUCAAAGUCAUACAAAUUAAAGCGGAAGCCGUUCACCUUGCCACCAUCUGUCUUCGAAGAGGGAACUACCUCAUCAUCAGUUGAAAAGAAGCGGAAAUUCCCCAAGUCUAAAGAAGAUGAUAGGACGGACGAAAUACCACAGUUUCGCCUUGUCACCACCGGAGGUUUAGAGAAGCAGACAGAGGCGUUUGAACCACAAGAAAAAGAUGCAUACACUGUGAUACCGGAACCGAUGACGACAACGGAUUUUGUGGCCGAGACGAAGAAAGCCGUUCAGGAGACGUUGGAAGAGCUGUCUCGCCCCAAGGACUUGUGUGAUGAACCACUACAUCCAAAACUAGAGGAAGACUGCAACAAUGAAAACUGGAAUAUUGUUAUAUCUCGACGGCGACUUUCCGAGAAUGUUCUAUUUUUUGAGGAACUGAGAUGGUUUUUCAACAAGGAACGUGGCGCUUGCAAGUCAUUUUGGUAUGGAGGCUGUGAAGCGAAUGCGCGAAAUUUUUUCGGCGAUAUAAAGAGUUGCAAGAAGACUUGUGGUCAUAAGUACCCAGUGACCGCGGAGGAUCUGAAACCUCAUUACUAUGUUGCUCCGACGAGAGUGAGCAAAAAAGAUCCUAGGGCUCUAAGUUCGCAAGAGAACUCAUCACGGCCGGCUGAACUCGAAUUAUCCCAACACGGCUCUGAAACAACACCUAUAACGACAAAAACAGCGAUGGCGACAACAGUAACAACAACAAUUGAGUCGCAAGAGUCUACAACCGAGUUUCUGAGAACUGUCGACUCCGCGCCAAAAUUGGAACCUACGACAUCUAUGGAAACUUUCGCGGAAAGUAGGGAAAUAUCGACAGCCGAAACCGCGACGACUUCAUCUCCUUUCGUGAUGGACAAAAAUACAACGACAGACGUCUGUGACCAAGGAUACGAUCCUAAGUGGGAUGAAGACUGUGCUGGGGACAGCUGGAUAGUGCGCGCCUACUUUGAACCGGCAAAGAAAGGAUGUAAACGUAUUUGGUGGGGAGGAUGUGUCACCAAGAACCAGAAUCUGUGGAUGAACAUGGCGGAAUGCCAGAGUGCAUGCGCCCACAAAAUGGAGAAGUCGUCAACACCGUCGCCAUCAAUAACUCAACUCCGUGUCGUUACACCGAGCACCGAAUCAUCUGAAAUUUUCAACACUAGUGAUGUCGUCAGUCGUGCCACCACCAGUGUAGCCAAAUUACGGUUUCAAUCGGAUCUGGACAGACAGCUAGCUAAGGCUAAACGUAACAUGGAGAAUCGUGAGGAUUUGGCAUACAGCAGCUUGGUCAACCACCCUGUCACUAUCGCAUCUGAAUGCCUCGAACCAUUCGAUGAAAGGCUCGCAAGGUCGUGCAACAAUGGAAUGGAAUGGAAAAACAGAUUUUAUUACGAUCGUGAUCUUCGCGUGUGCAAAAUGUAUUGGCACGGUGGCUGCUUCUCUUCAUCAAGGAACGACUUCGAGGAUCAAGAAACAUGCCAAUGGAAAUGCAUGGGCACGCAUCCGGAGCCAGAAUCGCGAGCUUGCCUCCACGAGUUCGAUCAAACAUACACUAAGGACUGCCGACAUGGUGAAUUUAGCGACCGCUACUUUUUCAAUCAUGAUAGGAAAAAAUGUGAGCAUUUCCAUUGGGGCGGAUGUCAGUCAUCAUCGGAGAAUUUCUUCUUAGACAUGGGACGAUGUCAAGAGUUAUGCGAGUCACCGGGGCGUGAGCUAUCGCAAUCGUGCCUAGAACCGUUCGACGAUGCUUAUCGUGAAUCCUGUUCACGUGAUGGCCGUUACAAAGAGUAUUUCUAUUUCGACCAAGUCACAAGUACCUGCAGAAUGUUUUGGUUCGGAAAUUGUCGCGGGACCAGCCAGAACAUCUAUCCUACUCUGGAGUUGUGCCAGUGGACUUGUGAACGGCGUCGGGAGGAGCGGAGCCCUACCUACUGUGUGGAUAAAUUCGACACAAAAUAUAAGAAUUCCUGUGAAGGUGGGAAGUGGAGAGAAAGAGCAUAUUUUGAUCAAGGAUCUGGAACAUGCAAAACAUUUUGGUGGGACGGUUGCACCUCACCAUCGCAGAAUUUUUUUUCCAGUCUUGAAAAAUGCCAGUCCUUCUGUGAACAUCCAGGGUAUGAGGUUUACGAACGAUUACCGGAUCCUGAAACAAAGCAUCGAUGUCUGUUGCCGAAAGAAAUUGGGACCUGCAAAGAAACAUACCCGUUCUACCAUUUCGAUCGACGCACAAAAAGUUGCUUACCAUUCUCAUAUUCUGGAUGCGGUGGAAAUGACAAUCGUUUUAUGACGUUGUCACAGUGUGAAGCGCUUUGCGAACCAUUCAUGGGAAUGACAGAAAUAAAAAUGGAUGAGGAUGACGGAUGCACUUUCUAG